UCAACCCUUACAACCAUCGCCAAAACCUAACCGAGCUAUUAAACCGACCAGUUUGAAAAACACAAUUCGACACAAAGAAGAAGGAAGCCGGAUCUAGCACUGCAGAAAAUGUUAUUAUCGACAACAACGGCAAAAAUCGUUCAUGCAUGUGUGAGAAAUUAUGAAUCAGCUACCGGUGAUAGACUAGUCCUAUUUAAGCAGGAGGAGCGCCCCUGUUUCUGGUACUAAUUACUACAGCAAGUACAUCUUGUGUCUGCCCAUGCAAAGAGAAGACAUCUUACAAAAAGUCAAAAGAGAAGAGAAGCCAUGCAAGGCCCUAGCACCAGCAUCAAGUCCUUCAAGCAGGAGUUCCUCAAGAACCUCCUCCCAAGCCUCCAGCUCCAAGCACGCACAAGCACAACCUUCUGCGGCGCCACGAGCCUCCACGAGAGGAAGCGCACCGUCAAGUCCUCCGUGGACGUCGCCAUGGCGGCUGCGCAUGGAGGCGGAGCGAGGUGGCCCAAGGCCAUCUUGGCACCGGCGUCCAGCGCGUGCAAGGUGCAGAGGUGUAGGAGGACCGUGAGGAGGUGCUGCCGCCGUAAGAGGUGCUCGGGGAGAUCAGGCCGCGCCGGUGGUGGCGACACUCCGGGGAGGCUGGUGAGCAGCAGGACCAUGGCGCUGAGGGAGGUGAUACCGGGAGGCUGGAACUCCACCAUCGACGAGGCCACUCUGUUACGCGAGGCCAUGGACUACGCCGUGCACCUGCGCUCUCAGGUCGAUGUGCUCCGACGGCUCUCGGAAGCCGUGCAAACAUCUAGCUCCAGUGAUUCUGACCGUGCACUUAGAAUGCAGCCAUGAUUAAGUACCAGGUGGUGGCUUUGCCAGUGCUUUUGCGUACAGAAACACUUGGUCUCCAUGAUGAUCACGGAGACAGGGAUAUAGCUAGGCACUAUAUAUUGCCAGGAUUUUAUCUUGUUCUUGCGGGAGGUCCAAUCAGCGUAUAGUGCUUGGGAGCUACUAUAGUUAGUUGAGUGCAGAGACUACACUCUUUGUUGAUCAGCAUAGAGAAAAGGGAGCCCGGAAUUAUGUGCUGCAGUAAAACUUUGUGGUGUCCAAUAAGUAGUAUUUGAGUUUGUGAAAAGUUGCUUAUUUGGAUCAUGAUUGCAUGUGUAGUUCGAACUGAAGAUCUGUUGCUGCAUUAGUCAGACAAUCUACA